AUGGUAAUUCUGUUACCAAUAUGGUGGACUUUACUGCUUGGAGGUUUUACUUCUGCAAUGCAGCAUUGUUUCAUCUCCGAAUCCGAUCAUAAUAUAGACAUUAAGCCACUUCCCAGGAAUCCCACGCUUAAUCCCAACUCCUCCGAGGUCUUGAGAAUCGGUAAGUCUGGUGCAAUUAGCUCAGACUCAGAAACAUGUAAUCAGAUGGCAGUCGAACAGGUUCUGCAAAAAUUUGAGGACGCCAACGCCGCAGACGCUGCAGUGACAGUGGCACUGUGUCUCGGAAUGACGAAUUUCUUCUCUAGCGGAGCGGGCGGUGGAGGUUACGCUGUUUUUGUCGGCGGAAACAACAAAGAGACGGAAAUAGAUUCGAGUCCUCUCUUUUUCGAUUUUCGAGAGCAGGCUCCACAAUUGGCCCACAAAGACAUGUUUGAACACAAUCCAAAUGCUUCACAAGUCGGAGGCCUGGCUGUUGCAGUUCCUGGUGAGCUGCAAGGGCUGUAUGAACUGUAUGUACAGCGAGGCAGUGGUAGUGUCGAAUGGAAGGAUUUGAUAGAACCGGUUGUUGAAAUUGGGCUUAAAGGCUGGCCCGUAAAUGAGAUCCUGGAAGCUGUCCUAGAGAUGUACGAGCCUUACUUCAUUGAACAUAAAAGCGACUGGAGUUUUGUUUUGAACCCGGCGAAAAAUAGGACAUUGCGUUACGGUGAAACCAUCAAAAGAACUGCUUUCGCUCAUACUUUGCAGGAACUCGCUAAUAAUGGAUCUGCUGCUCCAUUUUACGACACUAAUCACUGGAUCGCAAAAUCAAUUGUCGCAAAGGUGCAAGAGGAGGGUGGAAUUCUAGCGGAUCAGGACCUAACCAAUUACCAUAUCAAUGUUUCUAGACCCUUAUCGAGCAAGAUUCGUGCCGGAUGGUCUAACAUUCCCAACAAUGACCUUGAAGUCUUCACAAGUGGUGGGUCAAGCUCUGGUGCCGCUUUACUGUCUGCGCUCAAAAUUUUGGACCAUUUUCCCAGCCUAAAAGGUGGGGACUACAAUACAGAGCAAGCGUACAUCUUGGUAGAAUGCAUGAAGUACAUGUCCAGUGCUAGAAGUCGCUUGGGAGAUUAUUCGUCUCAGGGUAAGAUACCAGAACGCAUUACUAGGGUUUUGGAAACUAAUUGGACCGAAGCAGCUGUUGCGAACAUCCAGGCCAACUUUAAAAAUCUCAGAACGAUGGCCAACUGGACCGAUUACGACCCGCUUUAUGAGUUGACAGAACCGCAUGGCACGACUCAUUUCAGCGUGGUUGACAAAUUUAACAACGCAGUAUCGCUCACUUCCACGAUCAACUUACUUUUCGGGUCUCUAGUGCACGACCCCGCCACCGGUAUUUUGCUCAACAACCAGAUGGACGAUUUUUCACAACCUUAUAGGUCCAAUGCAUUUGGUCUCGCGCCAUCGUUGUACAAUUUUGCUGAGCCCGGAAAAAGACCGUUGUCGUCUUCGUCGCCUGUUGUGGUAUUGAACGAGCUGGGCAAGCCCGAUCUGGUCAUUGGUGCGUCUGGAGGAUCUCGGAUCACUCCGAGCAUCUUUCACAUAAUGGCCAGAUUAUAUUGGUAUGACAUGCCUCUUCUGGAGUCCAUAGCAUAUCCUAGGGUCCAUCAUCAAUUGCUGCCAGACCAACUCGAAGUUGAGAGUUUCAAACUGCUCGGAAAGAGCACUAUUCAGUCGCUGCGCGAUAUGGGUCAUAAGGUGAUUGAACAACCUCCCAAGAGUGUCGUAAAUGCCAUCAAACGUGACAUCGGAGAAUGGCAUGCUGUAAGUGAUUUUUGGCGUAAGAGAGGCAUUUCGGUAGCGUAUUAG